AUGGCAAACGGGGAACCACCAAAGACAUCCAGCAAUUACGAAGCGACUAAUGGGUAUGCGGAACCGGAGAUGUCUGCAAAUGACAAAGGCUCAGUUUCGUUAGAAAUGAACCCAAUUGAUGAUUCUGCUGGUAAAGAAGAGUUACCAGAAAAAACAGAUGCAGAAGAAUAUCCAGAGCCGGAAUAUUUAAAUGAAGAAAUAACCGGUCCAAUGCGUAUAGUUGCAUGGAUACAAGAACAUAUCGGAGCAGUUACUGAAAAAUAUGGAACCCACAUUAAGUGGGCUAUAUUCUUUGUUAUUCUUGUGCUGUUUCACGUUUGGUUGGGUUUUGCUUGUCACCGUUCUUUCGAUCGUGGCGAAACUUUGUUAAUCUUCACCUGUAUUGGUUGGGCAUUGACCAUCUAUUACUGUAUUAUCAAAAGAUUUGUUGGAAAAGCCGUCUAUAACUCAGUUAUUAAGCCAAGUGUUGAAACUGGUGAAAAACUGUGGUCAUUUUGGUUUGUCAGACUGGGUUUAUACCUAAUUGUUAUCGCAGCUAUAGUUGCAUUCAUUAUUGUUGAUACCAGAAAUGAUAGAAAACGCUUAAUCGGUUUGUGCGGUAUGGUCUUCUUCCUAGCUUUUAUGUUUAUCAUGUCUACAAAUCCAGCAAAGAUUAACUGGCGACCUGUUGUCUGGGGCUAUUUAAUCCAGUUCGUUUUUGGGCUCUUAAUUCUUCGGUGGAGUUGGGGCAUGAAAACGUUCAGAAAAGCUUCAGAUAUGAUAGUUCGGUUCUUAGACUAUACAAACGACGGUACUGAAUUUGUGUAUGGUUUUUUAUCUAAUCCACCAAACAUUUGCGGCAUGUCGGCUGUCUUCGCCUUUUCGUCUAUUCAAGUGGUCGUUUAUUUUGGUUCUAUAGUCGCGCUCUUAUAUUACUACGGUGUCAUGCAAAUUGUUUUAAAAAAAAUGGCUUGGUUUAUGCAAAUUACCCUUGGUACUACGGCUACAGAAUCGUUAAAUGCUUGUGCCUGUAUAUUUUUAGGACAGAGCGAAGCACCUUUGCUGAUUAAACCUUAUAUUGUUAAAAUGACAGCCUCUGAAAUCCACGCAAUUAUGACAAGCGGAUUUGCAUGUAUCGCUGGUUCCCUAUUUGCCGCCUACAUCAGUUUUGGUGCUUGCCCGCUGUAUCUGUUAUCAGCAACAUUUAUGAGCGCACCGGGGUCUUUGGCUUGUUCAAAAAUUCUCUAUCCGGAAACAGAAGUAUCGCAGGUUAGACGAGUUGAAGAUUUAGAACUGCCGGCAGGGCAGGAGAGCAACGCAUUAGAAUGUAUCAGCAACGGUGCUGUAAUGGCUGUCGAUUUGGUGCUCGCAAUUGUGGCAAACCUAAUUGUCUUCUUAGCGCUUUUGGCUUUUGCAGACAACGUCGUCGGUUGGCUCAUGAGCCUCUUAGGUUAUGAAGGAUGGACGCUUGAAAAAUUACUUGGCUACAUAUUUUUCCCCGUAGCAUACAUAAUGGGUGUGACGAAUACAGAUGAAACACUGAAGGUCGCACGACUUAUGGGUACAAAAACAAUUCUGAAUGAGUUUAUUGCUUAUCAGCAAUUAGGACAAAUGGAACGCGACAAUGUACUGACGCCACGUGGUCAAAUGAUUGCCACUUACGCUCUUUGUGGCUUCUCGAACUUCAGCUCUAUCGGUAUUCAGUUGGGAGUUCUUGGCGGAAUGGCACCAAGUAAAAAGCCAUUGUUGUCAAAAAUAGCUUUACGAGCUUUGUUAGCUGGAUGUAUAUCAUGUUUUUGGACGGCAUCAUUGGCUGGUAAUUUUUUUCCUUCUAGACUAAAAAAACAUUGA